CAUUCCACCCCAGGUUUUCCUUCCCGCUCCUCUUGGUCCCUCGGAGAGGCAAUGGGGAGCACGUUUCUCCCUCGCCGGCUGGCUGGCUCGCUCGCGCGGCGUGCGCGCGGCUCCGGCUUUUCAGGAGGAGGCUGCUGCUGCUGCUGCUGCUUGGCUGGCUGUGUGCUUCCCUCUCUGCCGAGCUUUCCCCUCGGCUCCCCUUCAAGGCGAGCCCUGCCCUUCCUGGAUGCCUGCCUCCGCGCCAGCCAAGCCCUCCACCAGCCCCCCAAGCCAGGCGCGGCGCGGCGGGUUGGCUGCCGGGGAGCGCUUGGCCGGGCUUGGCGGGCUCUCUCCAAACCAGUGUGGACUUUUAAGAGGAGGAGGAGGAGGAGGAGGCAGCCCGGGAGAGGAGGCGUGAGACCGAUGCUGGCUUCCACGGCCGCCCUUGCCCAGUGGGCUUCUCAAACUUUGUCCGGGCUCUUCUCCUUUCGGGUGGGCUCUGUCGGAAGAGGCUGAAGAAGCAGGCGGAUUGGAUUUUACGGAGGGAGGGAGGGAAGGAGGGGGUCCGGCAGCGGCAGCCCCCUUCUGCCUCUCGGGGUGCUUUUCCGAAAAGGGGGCGCUGCACCAUGGUUCCUUGGAUCGGGGCGCAGCUUUGGGCUCUGCUGCCGCCGCUGCUGCUGCUCUCGCUUCUGGCCGCGGCGGCGGAGGUGAAGGCGCGCGGCUGCGGAGAGGUGCGCGAGGCGUACAAAGCCAAAGGAUUCAGCCUGGUCAAUAUCCCCUACCAGGAAAUCGCAGGGGAACAUUUGAGAAUUUGCCCUCAGGAAUAUACAUGCUGCACAUCAGAAAUGGAAGACAAGCUAAGCCAGCAAAGCAAACUGGAAUUUGAAAACUUAGUGGAUGAGACAAGUCAUUUUGUGCGCACAACAUUUGUGUCCAGGCAUAAGAAAUUUGAUGAAUUUUUCCGAGAACUCCUGGAGAAUGCAGAGCGAUCCUUAAAUGAUAUGUUUGUACAGACAUAUGGCAUGCUCUACAUGCAGAAUUCAGAAGUGUUCCAGGACCUUUUCAUAGAACUGAAACGAUACUAUACAGGAGGCAACGUGAACUUGGAGGAAAUGUUGAAUGACUUCUGGGCUCGGUUAUUAGAGCGAAUGUUCCAACUCAUAAAUCCCCACUAUCACUUCUCAGAGGACUAUCUUGAGUGUGUCAGCAAAUACACAGACCAGCUUAAGCCUUUUGGAGACGUACCACGGAAGCUGAAGGUACAAGUGACAAGAGCUUUCAUCGCCGCACGGACCUUUGUUCAAGGGCUGACAGUUGGCAGAGAAGUCGCUAACAGGGUAUCAAAGGUCAGCCCUACCCCAGGAUGCAUCCGUGCAUUAAUGAAGAUGCUGUACUGCCCUUACUGCCGGGGACUUCCCACUGUGAAACCUUGCAACAACUACUGCCUCAACGUAAUGAAGGGCUGCCUUGCCAACCAAGCUGAUUUGGAUACUGAAUGGAAUCUCUUCAUAGAUGCUAUGCUUUUGGUAGCAGACAGAUUAGAAGGACCAUUCAACAUUGAAUCGGUAAUGGAUCCCAUUGAUGUCAAGAUUUCUGAAGCCAUCAUGAACAUGCAAGAAAACAGUGUACAUGUCACAACAAAGGUCUUUCAAGGGUGUGGACAGCCCAAACCAGCUCCAGGUUUAAGAUCCUCCCGCUCCAUUCCUGAUAACUUUAAUACCCGCUUUCGUCCCUAUCACCCUGAGGAAAGACCAACAACAGCUGCCGGUACAAGCUUGGAUAGGCUGAGGACUAUCUGGAGGACAAUGCAACAUGCUGUCAUUGACAUUAAAGAAAAACUGAAGCUUUCAAAAAAGUUCUGGUCAUCAUUACCAUACACCAUCUGCAAGGAGGAAAGAGUGACAGCUGGCCUGUCAAUGGAGGAGGACUGCUGGAAUGGUCAUACCAAAGCAAAAUAUCUACCCGAGAUCAUGAAUGAUGGCCUCACCAACCAGAUCAACAAUCCCGAGGUGGAUGUGGACAUCACCAGGCCUGACACAUACAUACGGCAACAAAUAAUGGCCCUCAGAGUCAUGACUAACAAACUCAAGAAUGCUUACAAUGGAAAUGAUGUGAACUUUCAAGACACAAGUGAAGAAAGCAGUGGCUCAGGAAGUGGCAGUGGAUGCACGGAUGACAUUUGUCCCACAGAGUUCGAAUUCAUCACCACAGAAGCACCCCUUGUUGACUCAGACAGAAGGGAGGUGUUUGCUUCAGCAAGUUAUCCCAGCCAUUCGGGGUUCACGUGGCUCAUCGUCUGCCUGGUCCUCCUACUGCAAAGACAGUGCAGAUAAUCCUAGCUCUGACCAGUGAUGACUGCCUUUUUAGCUACUGAAAAUAGAAUUAUAACAACACAGCCAACAUUCUCCUUUUUUUAUGCUCUUGGACAUAGGACCAUGUCACAAAACUUAACAGUUUUCUACAAGAGAAGAGCAGUGCGGCAACCUGCUCCCCCUUGUGCUUGCCCAAAGAGUACCAGGUGUCAGAGUGGACGGUUUUCUCUUUGUUUCAGAUAGCCGUGAAGACAAUGUGCCCUCCCCAGAGACCUCUUUCUCACAUUUUUAUUACGGGAGACUUUUCAGAACUUAAUUUGCUUUUAUGCUGCAGGAAGAGAAGGCGGGUGAGAAAAGGUUAGGGCACAAGGUGUUGUUUUCCAAAAAAAGGGAAGAGAAACAAAGACAGUUAAUGUGUUUUACACAAAGCCUAUUGCCCAACAACAACAGCAACAACAACAGCAACAACAACAACAACAACAACAACAACAACAACAACAACAACAAGUCAACAUAUAAAGCUCAAAAGAGAGAUGACAGCUCUUUUGGGGAAUAUUUCUAUAUUACACUUCAGGUUACCCAAAUGAUGUUUACCACUGAUACAACAUCUCUGAGUUCUGUUUUGUUUUUUUUAUGUGUCACAACAAAAAUGGUUCAGGGGCAGCCCUACCAUUAGGCAGGAUGAGGCAAAAGUCAUAGGCAGAAAAUUGAUGAAAGAGGCAGCCAUGGCAGCCCCUCAACCACUCCUCCUGAGCGCCCAAGACAUGCCACAAAUUUGGAAAACAAAGCUGUACCUCCUAAACUAGCCUACUACCUUCAGUUGCAAUGGAAGACUGUCCCUUCAUCAGUUUUGAAGAAAAAAAUCAUUGUCAGUCUAGUUCGCUUCAGUAUGUGGAAGUGAGGGAGCACGCAAUCUUGUUUUUUGCCUUAGGCAUCACAAAAAAAUUCUCACAACCCUGGACAAGUAUAGGCUUUGUCUUCUAUUGGCCAUAAACACACAUUGCCAAUAGGUAUGGAAAGAACUCAGAUAAGCUCUAAUAACAGAAUAGCUUCUUCCACUCCAAGAACUCACAUUAUUUACCCAAGUUCGUAUCUGAACUUCCUUUGAUUUCACUGGUUUACUAUUAAUUCAUGAUGUAAAUCACAAGGGAGUCCACCAGGUUACACAUUAUCCCCAUUUGAAAUAACAAAUUAACAAUUCCUUAAAAUGUUUUAACUCAAGGGUUUGGACAUGAGAGGAAAUCACUUUCAAUCUAAUCUCCUUUCUUUAGCGGCAGGUUGUGCAGUGACUGUGUUCAUUACCAAACCAAAAUGUCAGUUUUCAAAGGAACCAAUCACCACAAUUGGAUCGAUAUGUUAAGUUCUGCAUAGAAAUUGCAUCCUUCAUAUCUAUUAGUUUCUGUAUCAGAAAGAAAUUCUAGUGCUAAAACAUUGACACAAAUACCUAUCUAUAGUAUUGACGUGCAAAAUUUCUUUCACUUUUUUAGUCUUAGUAUGACCAUCUAUUUUUAUAUAUAUGAAUAUAUAUAUCUAUAAAUCACAGAUUUUAAAUUCUUAAUUACAAGCUCAGGGUUGACACAUCUUUGUAAGGGAAAAAUGUUUUGUCAACCAGCUUUUCUUUUAGUUAAGCUGCAUAGGAAAAAGACAUCCUUUCAUAACUGGCAGCUGCUAGAAUCAAAGAAAAUAACUUUUUUUUUUUUUUGCAUUUUCAAUUGCCUGUUGCUUUCUGGAUUUCUAAGGGGCGGCCCUCUUUGUGAGACUGCUUUAUUCAUGCCUUUGCUUUUGUGCAACACAAACAUGGAAAUACAUGGAAUUGUGUGACUUCUUAAGAGCAAAUUGUACUUUGAGAUGCUAUCUUCAAAAGUCAGGUUACUUGUAUUUAUGAUUAUAAUACCCUCAGUGUAUAUCUAGAUAGUAUGGCCAGAAAUCUCUGUCUUGGGUUAUGUUGUGUAACAUGACACAUACAUAGCUAGCUAUUUAGCAGUCACUAAACUACAUGUGUUAAACACUGGCCAAAUCCAGUCUGCCACAUCUUUUUAUGUGGCCCACAGGGCUUUUCAAUACCAGAGCAGCAUAGUUACAUUUAUACAGUCUUACCAUUACAAACAGCCCUUUGAAGACAACCAUAAGGCUGAUGUGGCCCUCUGUUAAAAUGAAUUUGACACUCCUGUACUAAGAGAUAUGUUUAAUCUACCAAUACACAUUAGAACUUUGUGGCUGGUGUCCUGAUGGGCAUGAGUCUUGCUAUGUAUUGAUUUUGUUGACAAUUAGGCCCCAUUGUCCAUUGGUCCCACUGCACAUAGGUCUCUUUGCUGGCUCCCCAACAUAGUAACUAAAUAGCAGCCACUUGCGUAGUACAGUUAUUGCAAAACUACUCAGUUCAUUUUUCCUACAGACAUAAUUCCCCAAGUAAAUUCUGAUCAGUGAUUUGAUGCAUUGGGAAGUAAGCACUGAGUUACAUUCUCAUAGAAUAGUGGUUCUCAACCUGUGGAUCCCCAGAUGUUUUGGCCUUCAACUCCCAGAAAUCCUAACAGCUGGUAAAUUGGCUGGAAUUUCUUGGAGUUGUAGGCCAAAACACCUGGGGACCCACAGGUUGAGAAUCACUGCCAUAGAAGAUAAGUAUAAAUCUACCUUUUCACUGUUGCUAUGUUGCUCAUGACCCUCUUGCAUUACAUCCAGCAGCCAACCUUUGGUAUACAGUAGAGUCUCACUUAUCCAAGCCUCGCUUAUCCAAGUUUCUGGAUUAUCCAAGCCAUUAUUGUAGUCAAUGUUUUCAAUAUAUCAUGAUAUUUUGGUGCUAAAUUCAUAAAUACAGUAAUUACACCAUAACAUUACUAUGUAUUGAACUGCUUUUUCUGACAAAUUUGUUGUAAAACAUGAUGUUUUGGUGCUUAAUUUGUAAAAUCAUAACCUAUUUUGAUGUUUAAUAGGCUUUUUCUUAAUCUCUCCUUAUUAUCCAAGAUAUUCGCUUAUCCAAGCUUCUGCCGGCCCGUUUAGCUUGGAUUAGUGAGACUCUACUGUACCUCACAACCUCUGAGGAUGCCUGCCGUAGAUGUGAGCGAAAAGUCAGGAGAGAAUACUUCUGGAACAUGGCCAUACAGCCCAGAAAACACACAACAACCAACCUUUGGUAGUUCUGAAUGAGCAUUAUCACGCUUGCCCCUGCUGUGAUUAAUCUAGGGACCUGAAAACACUUAAAGUGGCAAAGUAAGGUGCCAUGGGGGUUGUUGUCAAUGUGCCAAGAAUGAGAAAAGCAGAGCAAGAAAGAAAAGAGACAGAUACAAGUCCAAGGUUCUAUAAAAAAUUCUCUUAAUGUUUGAAGCUGUUAGAUUACAGCCUAGAUUGGUGCCAGAAGCAAGCAGGCCACAAAUCAGGAUUUUACUACCUAAACCAACCAAAUGGAAAAGGGCUAGCAUGGAAUUUUUUGUAAGCAUUAGAUUUCCCAAACUGGAUGCCAGAUGUACAGAUGAAGAAAGACGUAAUGCAAUACUUGCAAGGAAGACAGUCAUGCUGCCAUUUCGGCAUUGACCAUGUAAAUUGUACACAUUUCAAAAUAAUCAUUUCCUUGUCUAAUUAUAAUUAGCUGUCAAAUAAGUAGUCAAAGUAGUUACGCUCACAGCACAAAUGUGUAAAAUAUACUUAAGCACUUUUAUACCCCUCACCCUAAAAUGAACCAUAUAUACAGCUAAUUAUUAUACAUGAUAGCUGAUAAAUUGAGAUAUAUUGAUUCUUAGAGAGAGAGAUUCAGGUAUAAAUACUACUACAUAUUAUUAUUGUUUUAAAAAAGUAUACAUCGGUCCUAUUCCAAAUUACACAGUGUUUGUUGCUGCUUAUGUAAAGUAACCUAUUUCCAGCCAACAUUUGUUCACAAGGGUGUAGCUAUAGGACUGGGGUACAAUUAUGACAUUGCCCCUCGGCAAUGGGAAUUCUGCCCAAUGAAAUUUUUGUUCAGUCUCCAAAUUUCUCACACCGCAGGGAGUGAGAUAUUGAACAUAAUUCAUACCUUCAUAUUCAUUCAUAUUUGCUGUGUUUGCAAUCUCUUUGGAACUUUGCCACCCUUUUGCUCUGGAUGGCUAAGCUAUAAUUUAUAAAUUAUCUAGCAUAGGUAGAAAGUCAGGAACUGAAGAAAGAUUUCAGGGAGCUAAGAAUUCUUUUUGUGAGCAAUGCAUUUGCUCACAUCCCCUUCCCCCAUAGCUAUCCCCUCACAUUUUAUCACUUAUUUUACAAAGUCAUCUUUGUAUGCAGUCCAACACAGAAGCCAGAAGAUUCCUCUUCUGCACUACUUAUGGACCUGGGCCAAUAAUCAUGUGUAUCAGAGUCCCAUUUGUUUCAGGAGGACUGAACUGCUACUACAGUUCACUCAACUGAAGCUUACUAACCACACACAAAAAUAGUAAUUUAACCUAAGGUGAACAAAGGGCUUCAACACAGGUGUUGUAGCCUUUAAAGCUCCUUUUGUGUCUCUUGGUCCCCCCAGUCUAUCCAGACUGUCCCAUUUUUUUCCAGAACAAUAAUUCACCUUUCAGAUCAUUUGCAAGCAUUUACUUCUGCUAUGUUUGAAAUCAAGAAAUGCCCUUAUCCCAUCAAAAUUAGUAUUUGCAGGCUUUGGCAGUCCUUAUGGCCUUUUGAUGUUCUUGGGAGCAGAAAAUAUGCUGCUAGAUCCACUGCCCUGACGUCAACCCAACAUUGCCUUGCCUUCACUCAUUGCCUGCAUAUCUGCAACCUGGCUAACAGCAGCUCUUCAGUAACUCAGGCAAUGCUUCUUUCCAAGCCUGUUGCUCAAGAUUGUUUUAACUGAAAAUGUCAAGGACUGAACCUUUGAUGUGAUAUAUUCAUAUAUUGUUCCGUUGAGCUGUUGUUUGGAGUACUAAGACAAAUGAUGUAGACAGCCUGUUUCCCAUUUACUAUCUUCACCCAUCCAUAAAAACACUUUCAUAUUUACAACCUUGAGUGGUACCCUUUCACCCAGGGCACAUACACACAAAGCAUUUUAAGGGCUUUAAUUUCUCCACAAUUUUUCUAUGGUUUUCUUGAUCUUAUAGGGAAAUGCUAUGUGAUAAACUCAAAAUGCAAACCCAGAAAGUGUGUUCAAUGGUGGAAAAUCACAUUAUCUGAGCCCCUCUAUGUGGUGGCAUGUGUUUGAUGACAAACAACCACAGAUAAUAUGGAAACCAUAUACUCUUUCUGUAGAGAUGCCACCAAAAUCGCCAUCUUUAUAGCUGUUGUUCUGUGUACACCCAACUCUGAUGUGUAGAAGGUGUCCCCAGUAUGGAUGUCUGCUCAUCUCACGGAACGCAAGAGGUAUACAUACCAUUGUCUGGUCAGCAUGAUCAGCCAGCAUGAUCAAUGGAAGCAGAAUUAUUAUGGUACUUGUACUCCAAAACAUAUAGAGGACCAAAGGUUACCUGGUCCUGCUUUAUGUAAGAGUGGCUAUUGUUAACCCAGACCUACAACCUCAUCACAUGGAGGUUUUUUCUGUGCUUCUCUAUGCUGCUGGCAGGCUGCCAGGAUGGAGUUCCCUAGAGCCCAUCAAGUGAUGCAGGGCUACUUCCAACUGGGCUCCAUGCCAGCAGCUGAGCCCAAAGGAGUUGGGUGUACACUCGACUCCUCAUAGAAGAAGCCAGGGAGGAAGUGGGAGGAAGAUGGGGACAGCAGGGAAACAUCAUAGGAAGGAAUCCCCCAACUAAUGACAAAGUGGUACACUGCUCCACGGUUUCCCCUGUUGCCUCCCGCUGUCCCCUGACUUCUGGACCUCAAUGUGAUGAGGUUCUUAGCAACUUCUGCAGUAAGUGGUGAGUCAUGAGAUGCAGAGGAGCCUGUGCUGUCUCAUGAAAGAAUGAUUUGAGAGCCAUUUGCUUCAAACAAUUCCAAACAUGAUGAACGAAAAGAAAAUCACACAUACCUAUCGCCAUCCACAUCCCUACCAAUGUCUCCAGAGAUUUAUCCCUUCCCAGAAGUGCACUAAACUAAGUAUUUCACAUCACUUUUAGCCAGCCUCAAAUAUCAGAGGACAUCACAAAUUAUUUCCUUGAGUUGUCAGUGUAUGUACCUCUCAAAAGAGCCAUGUAUUAAAAUUGAAACCAGAAACCAGAAACACACACUGCAACCCUCCACAGACUCCUAACUGGGCCUUAAACAACAACUUAAACUAUUAUUCAUUACCAUUAUAAUCUCCUAAAGUUUCAUGUUGCUCCAUACAAAGCCCUAAUAUUUUCCCAACCAUCUUGGUUGAUACCAUUUGCUCAGCUCUUCUGCUUUCCUGCUGAUCUCUGUACCCAACUAUUUCAGGGAUACUAAAGGACCUCCUACAACCAAUGCAGCGUGGUAAACCUCCCAGGGAUAUAUCAUUUACAGUGCCAUUUUUUGUGUUCAUAUUUACAGGGUCUGUAGGGCAAUGGAAUUUGGCAUUCACCCUUCAUCAAUUUUAAUCCAUCUCUUAUUGUGUCUAGAAAUAUGCUAUCAAAUUUGCCUUCCUAUCAUUUCAGACACUGUAGUUCUUAUUUGGCCUUUGCCAAUGUAUUCCUAAAAUAGAAACCAGUUGAACGCCCAUCUAAUAAAACAUGGGCCCAUAUCCAAAUGCAGAUCCUCUACUCUAUCAAUUACCUGCCUGACAGAUAAAAUGGUACAACUUAAACAUAUGAGCUACCUACUUCUAAUAUGACUUCCUACACCAUAGAUUGGGGGGAUGAUUUAGGAUUGUCCUCCACUGGUCUGCCCCUUACAGCAGACUCCAUGCUCAUUUGAGCAAUUGGACACAUUGCUUUUAUAUCUAUAGAAUACAUACUGUAGGAUGUCUUCCUGCUUAAUUAAAACUUCUCUGUAUUUCUCAAAAAUGUUUUUGAAGUAGACUAUUUCCACAUUCCAGAAUUUCUCAGAGAACACUAUUUGUUGUUAUUUCUUAAAAGAAAACACGACAGCAAAAAAAAAAAAAAAACCUGUUUGUGGGAGCCAUAUGGGAGGUGUUUCUAUGCAGAGUAAUCCAAUGCCAGGUGCAGUGGGUAAUGGGCAUGGUUGCUUUUAAUCCCAAUUUUACCACCAUAACCUCUGUGGAGUGUAAUGCAGGAAAAAAAAACUUCACUUCUUUGUCAUAGAUGCUUCCUUUCUACUGUCAUCAAACGUGAGACAUGUGGGAUGUGGCCAUUAUGCUCUGGCUUUCACACCAUUUUCAUUAAUGUGUGACUUGGCCAUGAAUUUUGCAAAUGCAGAUUGUGAUCCAGCUGAAUAUUUGAAUUCUCACUAGAACAAAUUAUGAUAAACUAAGGAAUGCAUCAUUAACCUGAGUUUCUCUAGAGGGAACAUUUUUCUGGUUCGGGGGACACCCAGUCAGGGCACUUCUGAUGAAGAUGCCAGAUGCUACCCAGAGACAAUGGCUCUCGCUCUCGAAUCUGCAGGUGACAUUGAGAAAUUAAGCUACGUAACAUGAAAGUACACUAACAUCUCUCCAUCCAUCAUGUUUUGGUUCAAGUCCGACAAUGUGUGAGUUAAAUCAGGGAUAAAUUUGUCCAAUCAUACUUCUCUGCGUAUUUCUCCACUGUAGGUAUGGUGAUGGCUUUGUGCAAGAUGUGCACAUAACUCUCAAAUAUUCCCUAAAGCUUGAAUUGUCUUUUUUCACACCUCACAUUGUCUUGGAAUGUGAAGGAGCUAUUAAAUCUACAGAGCGUGUUGAAUUUCGGAGUUAGGAAAUAAAAAUUUUAAAACCCA